UUUUCUUCUAUUUUACUGAAAAGCUAAAAUUGAGGAUAACGGAAAUACUAUUUUAAAUAUGUUUUAAGCAGAAUUUUCCUAAAAAAUUCACAUCCCUGUGACCUUGAAUGUAAAGUGAGGUUAAUGGUUGAUGGAAAAAUUUGAAAAACGAGAAAUCUGAUUACAUCUUUUCAUCAUGGGUGAUAAGUCUAAAUCGCCUUAUUCAGUAGAAGAUAUCAAAAAACUGUGUAAACCGCCAUCUGAAGAUACCAAGGAUUUCAUAAUGCAACAAACUAUGCUCCGUAUUAAAGAUCCUAAAGUAUCCAUUCCUUUCUAUACUGAAGUACUUGGAAUGAGUUUACUCUGUAAACUGGACUUUCCAGCUAUGUCUUUCUCUCUUUAUUUUGUCGGCUAUGAAGAUGGGAAAGAUACAGAUGCAGAAAUAGAUUCGCCAGAAAGAGCAGAGUGGGCAAUGAGUAAAAAAGCAACCAUUGAAUUAACACACAACUGGGGCACUGAGAAUGAUCCUGAGUUCCAGUAUAAUACUAAAAAUACAGGAUUUGGCCAUAUAGGCAUAAUGGUACCGGAUGUCUCUAAAGCUUGUGAAAGAUUUGAAAAAUACGGCGUGAAUUUUAUAAAGAAGCCAGAUGAUGGUAAAAUGAAAGGAAUCGCUUUUAUAACGGACCCUGACGGAUACUGGAUUGAGAUUUUGAAUGAUAAGGGUACCAAGAAAAUUCUACAACAAAUAUCCUGAGUGAUUGUGUAUAUUCUGAAUAACUCAAGUGUAAUUUGAAAAAUAGAUACGAUUUGUUCAUUAAACUGUUUAGUAUCUAUAAAACUCUACUGUAAACGAAAAGUGACUUACCUAACCUUAAUCAAUAACCAGGAAAACUGAAAUCUGCAUCAUUUAUUCAACAAAGGGGGCAUUGAAUGAACGAUUCACUAAUAUAAUAAUAAAUACAUUAUGAUAAA